AAAAAACAAAGCUGGCGAAAAAAAUGGAGAAAACUGUCAAAAAUUUACAAGCGUGCGGCUAUGAGAGAGCGUCCUAAUUCACAACAAUUUUUAGUGCAAUUUUUAUUUCUUUAAAAAGCAUUUGUUCUAAUUAUUUUCAACACAAUAACAGCGGUAUUGCAUACUUAAACAUUCGAAAGAUGGGAUCAUCCAAAAAGCACAAGAAACAUAAAUCCGAACGGAGGGAAAAAUAUGAAGAAUAUAGCAAUAAUAUGGAUCCGUCUCAACUCCAGCGUGGUUUGAAACUGAUUCUCAAAGUUGGUACCAAUUCCACACCAGAAUACAGUGGCAAUUCGCCACUUGCUGGUCCACCAACCGCCGUUGAAGCGAUGAUGUCGGCGGCGCCAAGUAGUCCAAUAGAACAAGAUGAGCAAGCUGAGGAAUAUCACGGUGAGAAACAUAAGAAAUCGAAGAAGAAGAAGAAAAAGAAGGAUCGUGAAAAGAAACAUAAACAUCAUAAGGAAAAACGACAUCGCAGUGAACGACAUGAACACAACAGUAGUGCCGAACAUCGUGAUGUGUCUACUGAGUUGCCAAAUGAAGAGUGUAAGACAGAAGAUAUUGUAACAGCACCGGCCGCAACGGUACCCUUUGCACAACGCAGUCCAAGGAAUACGGUCCAGCCUGCGGUAGAUGGCGAUUCUAGCCAAGAUGGUUUUAGCUUUAUGGAAGAUGGAGACUCGCAACCUUUACCGGAAAAUGUACUUUUAUAUGCAGGUAUAACUACCGAUAAUUCACCUUCUUGUCGCCCAGUGUCAAAGCCCAUAGUCCCACGCAAACCAGAUGAUAACUGUUUAGAUUCCCCGGCUUCGUCUUCAAUGCAAUCUUCAUCGCUUGGUGCUGCUGUUGUUGGCGGAAUUAGCCCAACAAAACCAUUACAAGAUCUACUAAUUCCGUCGCCCUCUGCAUCAACGGCAGCUUCGACUCCCGGUGGAACAAGUUCUUUUGCUGCGCUUACACCAAAACAGCUAGAAGCCCCCAAAACACCAAGUUCAUCAAGCGAAUCUGGCAGAGAACCCCGUACCUGUGUACUUAAACUCAAACAACAGAAAUCGCCUUUAAAUAAGUUAUUAGAUCAUUUAUUACGUUUUCUCGAAAAACGUGAUCCCCAUCAGUUUUUCGCUUGGCCCGUUACUGAUGAUAUAGCGCCGGGUUAUUCAUCCAUAAUUACGAAACCAAUGGAUUUUUCAACCAUACGUCAGAAAAUAGACGACAGUGAGUAUGGAACUUUGACCGAGUUCACCGAUGAUUUUAAGCUGAUGUGCGAGAAUGCUAUUCGCUACAACCAUGUUGAUACUGUAUAUCAUAAGGCCGCAAAACGACUGUUACAAGUUGGUACAAAACAUCUCAUGCCAGAAAAUCUAAUGCGUAGUCUUAAGCCCUUAUCGGGUUAUAUGCGGGAUCUGACGGCAAAGGAACUGGGAUUCGAUUUACACGGCGAUUUCGGUAAUUACGACCAUCAUACUAUUGACUCGGCAGACGAAGGUGCUUCAACAGGUGCCGAAGAGCAAACUGCAGCUCAGUUGGAAGAGGAGGAAAAACGACGAGCAAUUCGUCUGAGGAAUGAACCGAAAACACGCUUUGAACCAUAUGUUGACGAUCUGACAUCUGAAGAAAUACUAGCACAAGUACAAGGGGCUGCACUAGCAGCCAAAAAGCGACUUUCUGCAAAAGAGAAGGCUCAUAAAAUGGGUUUCUUACGACAGAAUAGAGAUGGCACCACAUCGUUAAAUUUACUAAUUAAAGAUGAAAAUGAAGGACCCGAGAAAGUUGUAAGUGUUGGUGAACUAGUGGGCAAACUACAAUCCGGCUCUGGACAAUUAAUGUCUGCGCGGGAAGAUAAACGAAACGACGCUAAAAUGGUCAAACCGCUCAACUAUGGCGCUUUCGCUUCAUUUGCACCAUGUUUUGAUUCUCGCUUUUCGAAUUUAAGUCGGGAAGAAACCCAAUUGGUAAUGCGAACCUACGGUGAUGCUACAAGCACGGAAUAUGCUGAAAGCAUAUUAGAAUUCACCAAAGAUUCAAGCUAUGCCUCGAUGUUGGCCAAUGGUCUAUUGGAUAUUCUCACCAACGGUGAGCACAGUAAGACAAUGUCCGAUCUAUAUGAUAUGCAAGUACAAAAUCACGAACAGAAUGAAGUAUUCAAAUGCUUUAGUGCGUGCGGUGGCUUCGGUGGUCUUCAAACUGUGAAUACGGCUUCAGAGACACGGGAACAAAUCGAAGAAGAAUAUGAAAAGUACAAAAACACACGUAUCGAUUUCAAUCGUUUGCGUACCCUAAAAGACCUUGGCAUUGAUAUUGAGUUUUUGGAUAAUAUCGAAUCUGAAAUGAAAAAUUUUGAAUUGACACGGCGUCUGCAAGAGCACUUAAGCAACAAUUUAAAUUUAAUAGAAAAAUUGCGCGCCACACAGCACGAUCGACUCUCGCAACCACUGCCACAACAUUUGGCUUACGUGCCCCAAGCUGGCGCCGAAGAAGUACAUUUGGCACAUCAAAUUAGCCAGCAAUUAACUGAUGUUGCGAAAAAACUACCCCCUUCGGCUGUAGUUGAUCCAUAUAGUCUACGCAAAGCUAUGGGAAUGUCAAAUGUGGGAUUGCCACCUCCACCUCAGUCAGUGUCACAAUUACAACGCGUAGCCUUGCCAGAAGUGCUCCAACAACCGGUUUCAAUGCCCCAGAUAGAUCUAACGCCUCAAAAUUCAAGUGUUCCGAUCGCUGAUGAACAUAAUAGUAAUGUGUCUGCCACGAAUAUGCGUAUGGAAAUAGAUGAUGAAGAAUUGCGUGAAAUUUUGGAAAGUGGCAACAGUGAUUUAAACGCAUCGACGAGCGCUGAUGAGAAUCCUUGGUUAUAAAAUAAGAAGAGAAGCUUCGUAAAUAUUCACUAUUUAACCUUAGUUUUAUUCCCCAUUUGCAUUAACUGUAAAAACAUUUUUUUAUUGGAUAUUGCUGAUUAAAAAUAAAGGCGAAUGAUAUACUAUUAUUUAAACAACUUGUUAAAAGUUGAAUUAAA